UCCGGGCGCCGCCGCCCGCCUACCGCCGCUCUCCCGAGCCGCGCCCCGGGCUCCUGCAGCUUUUAGGGAGGGAAGCACCGGCUUCUCCGCCGUGGAUGUUCCCGCAAGUUGUGUGCGCGCCCGGGACCCACAGAGAAGGUGGCCGCCGCCCGCCGACUAUGGAUCAUCGUUCUUACCACAGAGAAUGGGAAGUUGAUGCCCAGUGAGUCCGAAGAUCCGUUCUGUCUGUAGACACGUCCUUACAGAACUGCGGAUUACCUACGGGGUCCUGGUGGUUCUGCACCAGCCCACGUUCCUGCGGGUCCAGCAUCUUUGCUUCCGGUCCUGGUUGCUGCAUCUGGCGAAAGAUGGCAUCCAGCCUGACUUGUACCGGGGUGAUCUGGGCUCUGCUCUCGUUUCUUUGUGCUGCCACCUCUUGCGUGGGGUUCUUCAUGCCUUACUGGCUCUGGGGAUCACAGCUGGGCAAGUCUGUUUCUUUUGGUACUUUCCGGAGGUGCUCGUAUCCCGUGCAUGAUGAGAGUCGGCAGAUGAUGGUGAUGGUGGAGGAGUGCGGGCGCUAUGCCUCCUUCCAGGGCAUCCCCAGUGCGGAAUGGAGGAUCUGUACCGUGGUGACAGGCUUGGGUUGUGGCCUGCUUCUUCUAGUGGCGCUGACCGCCCUCAUGGGUUGCUGUGUGUCAGAGCUCAUCUCCAGGACAGUGGGAAGAGUGGCUGGAGGAAUUCAGUUCCUGGGAGGCUUGUUGAUCGGUGCUGGCUGUGCUCUCUACCCCCUGGGUUGGGACAGUGAGGAAGUCCGGCAGACUUGUGGCUACAUUUCUGGCCAGUUUGACCUGGGUAAGUGUGAAAUCGGCUGGGCCUACUACUGCACCGGAGCAGGUGCUGCGGCCUCCAUGCUGCUGUGCACGUGGCUGGCUUGCUUCUCCGGCAAGAAACAGAAGCACUACCCCUACUGAGAAGGAGCCACAAGGAACAAACAGAGGAGAAGAUGGGCCAAAGGGAUUUGAAGGGGCUGAAGUAUCCAGCUACUUUCUAAAGGUGGAAUAGUGGACCUAGUCCAACACAAUGCUAAUGAAAUGAAACCCGAUGGGAUCAAGAACAUUCUGUAGGAAUGAAGGACUGUGGGACAUUUGUGAAAGACUUGGAGGGUAUGGAGAAAUGGACCAAAGGCUAAAAUAUUGCCAGACAUCGGGUGUUUCUAGUCUACAGAGUAUUGUUAAUGUAUAACACACAGAUAGACACACACACCACAAACCUAUAUAUGCAAAAAAGGUUCUUUUUUGUUUUGAUUUUCAAAUAAAAAAGGCGAAGAUUCACAGAUUCAAAAGGGCUAGUUCAAACAGUGUUGUGUUGAGAAGCAGGGUACCCGCAGCCAUCCCUGGCGAUGAUAACACCCCCGAAAGCACACGAGCACAUGCAAGACACACCGCGUGCACACACACCCAGGCACAAAUGUGGAUGGAGACCAUCGCACAAACUGUACAGGAGGUUCAGCAGUGCGUUACUCCUCUGUUUGCUUUUUGAUAUGCAUUUAAAGUACAGUAUUAUCACUUUAUAAAACAUACAUUAAACCUAAUACAUGGACCGAUAAGCCACUCUAUCAGUAUUUUGUGUCACCUGCAUAAACUCUUUUCACCCUCAACACAUUUUCAGUGUUUACGCAGACCUUUAGAGUUAAGCCUUCAUAUUCCAAUAUUAUUCAAAGAUAUGCAGUAUUUCUCUGAGUAGCUUCUGCUAUGAUAUUCUUACAAAGUAAAGGGGAGAAUUUCUGUUCUCUGUAGGUGAGAAUUCAGUUGAUACAUGAGUAAAGAGAGACAUUUUCCAUCCACUAGAUCUUGUUUUCUUUUGUCCAUUAUUGUACUGUGCUGUAUCACAUUUAUUUCAAUACUCAUUUUGUAAAAAAAAAAAUUUAAAAGUGCUAUUUUGUUUGUAUUUGAAAAGCUCUGUGAAUAAACUCUCUUUGAUCAAUA